AUGUCUAUGAACAACCCGGCCCAUCCUCUCUCCCCUUCCUCACAGUCCUCACUCAACGACCCCUCAGCUCGUCCAAGCACUUCUUCCCGACCGAGCGACCAGUCCGUCCGCACCUCCGAUGACCACCCUAUAGAUGAGGCUCCACAGCACGCCUCGCCUAUCACCUCAACCCACGACGGUACCGCCGAUGACCCAGGGCACCAAACCGGUGAAACACACGAAGAUGGAGCAGACCACCACCCAGGUCUGCACCAGCCAUUCCAGCCGUUCUUCACCCUAAUCGAAGAUGCCCAUACAUCAGACCACCACCACCCAACGGUCCACUACAUAUUUUCCGAUGACGACACCGACAUCGUGACGGAAGCCGCUCUACGCAGCUUGGAGGCUCAACAAGACGCACUCCCAGGGUCCAAGAAAGUGGAAGGGCAAGGGCGUACAACCAACCCAUCGCACAACCCCGCAGAACACCACCACCACCAGCACGACAAUGACAAGUCCGCGCUCCUCCCGCCGCCGAUACCGGGGGUACGUGAAAACUACAUCGUGCUAGACGUCGAGCCCGUUCCCCCACCACCCGCCGGAACUGGAACUACACCACCCGCCGACCCAUCCACGACGGGCAGGGCCAUUCCCGCCGGCACAGGUGGUGGUACAAAGUCCAUGUCCACAUCCCCGGCGAACCCAUCCACCUUAGCCCCGGCCCAACACCCAUCAUCCCCAAGUCCAAGCGUGGCACAACCCCAAUACCGUGUAACAUCAGCGAAGAGUUUCUCGCCGACAUGGCAGGUACUCAGUAGCGAGAUGGUCCCGGCGCCGACAUUUGAGAACCACGAUCCGAGUGACGCGCCGGGACACGGGUUGAUGCUGAAGAUCUACGGGACGACGGGGAUCCCCUCCGAAGUGGGCAUGGGCAAGGAUAAGGGAGAGCGGGGGACGCCUAGGUUGGAGGAUAUGAUGGAUCAAUUUGCGAAGAGGAUGCGUGAGUUGCAGAUGGUGAUUGAUGCGGCGGAUGUGGCUCCUGCUUCUACUGAGGAAGGGGGCCAGAUUGAAGAAGGUCGGGAUUUGCUUGAGGAGAAGACUGCGACAGAUGAACAUACAGCUGGAGAAGGGGUUUCAAAGGAGGGAGAUACGGCGUGA